AUGGCCGCGAAGCAGCAGCAGCACCACCACUUCCUGAUCGUGACGUACCCGGCGCAGGGGCACAUCACCCCGGCGCGUCACCUCGCGCGCCGCCUCGCCGGUGCGUGCCCCGGCGCGCGCGUCACCAUCUGCGCCCCGCUCUCGGCGUUCCGGAAGAUGUUCCCGGGCGCCGCCGCCGCUGUGACUGUGACGGGGGAGGAGGAGUGUGGCGACUGCGAUGCGAGCGUCGCGUACGUGGCCUACUCGGACGGCUACGACGGCGGGUUCGACGUCGCCGUGGACAGCUACGCGCGGUACAUGGAGCAGGCGAGGACGGCGGGGUCACGCUCGCUGGCCGGGGUGCUCCGCCUCCUCCGCGACGACGGGCGCCCCGUCACGUGCGCCGUGUACACGCUGCUCCUGCCGUGGGUGUCGGCCGUCGCCCGGAGCCACGGCGUGGCGGCGACGGCCGUGUUCUGGAUCCAGCCGGCCACCGCGCUCGCCGCGUACUACCACUACUUCCGCGGCCACCGGGACGCCGUCGUGGCCGCGGCGGCGGCGUCCGGGGACGGGGACCCAACGCGCGCCGAGGUGCGGCUCCCGGGCCUCCAGCCGCUCCGCGUCCGCGACCUGCCGUCGUUCCUCGCCGUCACCUCCGACGACGACCCGUUCGCGUUCGUGCUCCCGGAGUUCCGCGAGCUCGUGGACGCGAUCGAACGAGACGACGACGGCUCCUCCUCGAAGCCGAAGCCCCCGACGUACGUGCUCGCCAACACCUGCGACUCCAUGGAGCCCGACGCGCUCGCGUCGCUGAGGACACACGUGGACGUUUUCGCCGUCGGGCCCGUGCUGUCGUUCCUGCACUGA